UCUUUAAACCCACGCAACCUCCACCAGCCUGGCUGGCUGGCCGAUCAAGCAGCAGCAACCUUCCGAGGAUUCCCACCCGAUCGUUCGCCGGCCGGCGCCACCCCACCAUGACGGCGACGUCGACGUCGAGGGCUCCGCGGCGCCCCCGCAUCCGCUCCCGCGCGCCGCCGCCCACGCCGAUCCGGACGGCCCGUGGCGCGCGCUCCGCCGCGGCCGACGAGCUCGUCCUCGCCGAGUUCCUCGAGGCCUCCCAGCGCGUCCCCGCCCUCACCCUGCCCCUGCCCAGGAAGAAGCGCUUCGACUUCCCGGCUCCCCCGCCGGCCCCGGACAUCCAAUCGCGGGGCCUGCUGUCGGGCGAGGCGGCCGCCGCGCGGACGGCUGUUGGCGCCGCCGCGGAGGCCGGCGCGUUCCGCGUGGGCGGGACGGUCGGGGCCGGCGAGGUGCGCGCUGCCGUGGAGGCCGGGGAGGCGGUGUUCGGGGCGCCGGAGCGGGUGAAGCGGGAGCUGGGGAGGUUGUUCCAGAGGAGGGAUCGGGUCGUCGGGGAGGAGCUCUACUUGCCAUGGCCGGUGAGCUCGGAGGUGGAUCGGUUGCUGGAGGCGGCCCUGCCCGGCUCGACGUACCGAGCGUUCAGGGAGAAGAUGGACGUUAUCGCGUCUAAAAUGGAGGACCUCGCAAGAUGUGUGGUCACAGUUCUAUCUGACAACGUCAAGAACCCGAAAGACUCUGCUCUGCCUAGAGAAGCCCCAUCGGUUCUCUGUCUAACGCUGUAUAACUGCAACAAGUUGAAAACACGUUGGGGAGAGUUUGGCACCACCGAUCGUCCAGACUCGUACGCCCUGAGCGUCCACCUCUCCGGACGCGACCAGGAAAUUUGCCUCCGGAACCUGGGCGGGUCGACCUUUUUCAAUCUGCCGGCUGGCUCUGCGCUUGUUACGAUCGGCAAGCAGAUUCAGGAAUGGUCCAAUGGGGAGUUCAAGAGCGCUGUUGGCGAGAUACUGUUCGAGCUGACCGACGAGCCAAACCCGUUCAUGUCUCUGGAACUCUUGUACUCUCCAGGAGACCUGCGUCUCUGUGAGGUCGGGCGGCACGCUAGCUGCAUUGACCGUCCUCCCAAGACUGUUCCUUUGAGGGACCAGAUUUUCAUUGCGCUGGUUCUGCUGGUUUUGUACUACCUCUUCUGGUGAUAAGCUUAUCCGUGCCUCUUUUCUCUUUUUUUGGCGUGAGCUUUAGAUGUACGAGAUGGCUUGUUUUUAUAGCCUUUUUGGACUAACUGCCCGCCUUUCUCCGUUAAUUGAUCACGGAGAAACACCGCCGCGGAUGGCGGUGAUGGCGGCUGGGUUGAGUCUGGUUUGGUUGAGAUUGGUUUGUUUUUUGGAUGAAACAAAAAACACGAAUGAAGUAUAAGAUACUUUGUUCUUGACUCCUCCUAAUUGAGGAAAAAUGGCAUGGAGUGGAUUUUGAUUGAUUUUCUGAAUGAUAAUUUUGGCCGGUUGGUUUGUCCUACGGUAUCUGUUUUGCGAUUCGAGGUGUUCACAUUGAACCUGAGAAGCAUUCCUUUGUACCUUACUACUCCAUUGUGUAUGUGGUAAUCUUGCAUUCGAGCUUUGUUCAUUACAAAUGAGCUCAGUGUAAAACUGUUGUACAUUGUACUGUACCUGAUGGAAGGUAAGACUCUACUUUUUAUUUGAAAGACGGUUGAAACAA